CACAGCAUGAGGAGGAAAUGCAGCCCUGCUGCCCACGGAACCCCCCUCACCAUGAGGGUCCCUUUCAGACUCCUCUUUGUCGGAUGGUGGAUGGCUGGGCAGAGCUGGACGGUGACAGGACAACAGUAUUACCGCAAGCCUUCAGUCUCUGUGAGCCCAGAGGUGGUCACCCUGGGGGGAAAUGUCACUAUUCACUGUAGCGAUGCAGGACACCCAGAUGCAGAGUUCUCUCUACACAAGAAACAUGCAUAUUUGACUCGUUUGCUUCCCCACAUGGCAAAGGGUUAUGACACCGAAUUUAUCAUUUCCAAUACCAGCAUUUCAGAUGCAGGGACCUACUGGUGUCGCUAUUGCUUUAAAUCCAACUCUCAGGAACGAUGUUCAUAUUAUAGUGACGAAGUACACAUCAAUAUAAUAGAUCCCAGCAUCCCCAAACCCUCCAUCAAGGUGAAACCGGAGCACCAGAAUGCUUUACACUCAAGUGUCACUAUUGAAUGCAAGGCCCAGGGAGAUGGUCUGUAUUUCUUCCUUCGUAAUGCAAACACUGGGAAAAUAUCAAUUGAAGCAGUACCACCUGCAGGCACAGCCAACUUUCAUUUCCCCCAGGUGAGGAGCGAGGAUGCUGGAAGCUACAUCUGUCAAUAUCACCGUAGAAGCACUCCAUUUGUCUGGUCAUUGCCAAGUGACUCUGUGGAGUUCAUUGUGAAAGAUCCCAGUCUCUCCAAACCCUCCAUCAAAGUGAGGCCUGAGGGCCAGCAUGAAGUAGGCAUGGAAGUCACCAUUGAGUGCAAAGGGCAAGAGAAUGGCCUGACCUUCUCCUUGCACAAAUCAAAUAACCUCUCAGCGCUACAGACAACGAAGGCAGAGGGCAACAUGGCAAAUUUCUCUUUAUCUCCUCUGAGACCAGAAGAUGAAGGGAAUUACACUUGUCAGUAUUACCAUAGAGGAAAUCUCUUUGUUUAUUCAGAGCCAAGUGAUCCUGUACAAGUUGUUGUGACUGAUUUGUUUCCAAAAAAACUCAUGACCAUCAUAUGGGCGAGUGUUGUGGCGGGACUUCUCUUGGUUCUCCUCUUGCUGGUGCUUAUCUUGGUAUUAUGCAAAAAAAGGACAAAACGUAAGUCGUCAAUGGCUGAGAUUUAA